CUGGAGACGCUCAGGAGUCGGCGUCCCGGCCGCACGCCGAUUGGCUCUUCAGAAAACGCUCGUUUGGAGGGGCUGGUUCCGCUCAGCUGCGCGGCGCUGCGUAUUUGUCUCCAGUCCUUCCAUAACCGCCACCGCGGGCUUGGAACUCGCCGAGAUUUCUUAACAGCAGUCUCUCUUUUUUUAGUUCGGCUGAAGCUCCAGGAACUCACCAUUUGGCUGAAAUUGAGACAGGAUUUCCCAAACUUCCUUCGGGGAAAAAAAAACAAAACAAAAACUUAACGUCAAAGGAGAGUGAAUUCAUAACUGUAUGGAUACUUAAAGAUUAUUUGAAGACUGCUUUUGGAAUCAAAAAGCAUGGAUCCCAGCAGUGACUACCAUUUCCUCAAUCAGAUUUUGUGGAGAAGGGUGAAACUCACAUUGGUUUGUGGUAUCUUUGAGGGAGUACUCCAGCAUGUGGACCCUAACAAGAUUGUUGUCCUGAAGAAAGUGAAGAAUGUGGAGACUGGUAGAAGUGUCCCAGGAGUGAAGAUGUUUUUUGGGCAUGAGAUUGUGAAUGUGGAGCUACUGGAUGAAGUGGAACAAGGUGCAGUAAGAGACAAGGCAUCUUCUGUUAGUCUAAAUACAGAAAGAACCAGGAUGGAUGAAAUGAAAAAUGAAGACCUAAAUAUAUGUGAGCCUCCUUCUCCUGCCCCUGAAACACCAAUCACCUCUCCGCUGAAUAACCUCAAGUACAGCCCAUCAGAGGAAGAGGAGGUGACAUACACAGUCAUUGAUCAGUUCCAGCAGAAGUUUGGUGCUGCUAUGCUCCACAUCAAGAAGCAGAAUGUCCUAAGUGUGGCAGCCGAAGGAGCUAAUGUGUGUCGUCAUGGGAAACUAUGUUGGCUUCAGGUGGCCACAAAUAGCCGAGUUUAUUUAUUUGAUAUUUUCCUUCUGGGAAGUCGUGCUUUUAACAAUGGACUUCAAAUGGUAUUAGAAGACAAGAGAAUUUUGAAGGUUAUCCAUGAUUGUCGUUGGCUUUCUGAUUGCCUCUCUCAUCAGUAUGGAAUUUUGCUGAAUAAUGUCUUCGAUACACAGGUGGCAGAUGUCCUUCAAUUUUCCAUGGAAACAGGUGGCUUUCUUCCAAACUGCAUCAGUACUUUACAGGAGAGUUUAAUAAGACACCUUAAAGUAGCCCCUAAAUAUCUCUCCUUUCUAGAAGAGAGACAAAAGCUGAUUCAGGAAAAUCCAGAAGUAUGGUUCACACGACCUCUUUCACCCUUCUUACUAAAAAUGUUGGCCCUGGAAGCGACCUACCUGCUACCCCUUCGCCAGGUACUCCUGGAUGAGAUGAUGUCUGAUCUCACCACCCUGGUGGAUGGGUACCUCAACACCUACCGAAAAGGAUCUGCAGACCGGCUGGGAGGCAUGGAGCCUACAUGUUUGGAGCUUCCAGGGGAAUUGCUUCAACUCAAAGACUUCCAGAAGCAGCGCAGAGAGAGAGCUACAAAAGAAUACAGGAUGAAUGCACAGGGACUCCUAGUAAGGACAGAGCUACAUCCAAAGAAAUCAGAGCCAGCAGGAAAAGAGGGAAAAGUAAGAGGUUUCUUACUUUGUGAAAAUUCUAGGCCAAAUAAAGCUCCAAGUUUUACAUCUCACAAGGAUGUAAAUUGGCUGAAAGAACAAGCUAAGAGUAAACAAAGUACAAAUCCUCCACAUUUACUUCCCAUGAAGGAAGAAGCCAGUGAGGAUUCCACUAACCAAAUCAUUUGUCCUGAGUCAGAGGGGUCGGAGGACCCGAAAAUAAAUCAAAAAGGACACUUUAAGAUACCCAAACAGGUGUUUCAGACAAGUUUGUCUUUGAAAGAGGAGCUAGAACAGUUACUGAUGGAGAACAAGGAAGAUUUAAAAAGCACCAAACAAGAUGUUUCAGUGUCUCCUUCUCUUUCUCAGGGAACCAGAGUGUCUCCAAGUGACAACUUGCCUCCUUUUAGAAAAGCUGUACUUUCUACACUUCCUCCCUGUCCAGCCUUGGAGAAGAUUUCCUGGAUGAAUCCAUCUUCAGUUCUGCCUUAGAGAUUGGCAAUUUGUUGAGGCUACAAAGGUUGUUCAUUUUCCCUGUUAUCAGGGCCUUCCUCAGUGCUUAAAUUUCUCAUGUUGUAAAUUUAGUUAUGGCUCAGUCAUGGGCUUCGGGGAAAAUUAUAUCCUCUUGCUUAUUUCUACAUUCCUGGAAUUUGAUGAAGAUGGGAAUGGAUAAGUUAAAUAAUAGAAGUAAAUAUUCUGAUUAGGUCACUUGGUAGAAAUGUUCCCAGUGGCCAGAGUGAAUUAUUUCUCAUAAUUUGGAUUUAGAGGAUUUGAAGAAGGGAAAAUCUUUGGGCUCAGUAUCUGGAAGAAUCUAUGCUUUUAAAAUUUGGUUGUGUUUUGGUUUGAAGGGGGUUGGUAAAACUCUUAGCCAUAAGUUUAAAAAUAAUUGGUACUUCACAAUUUAUUAAUGUUCUUUUCCUUUUUAAAAUAUUACCUUUAAUUUGUAAAUUAUACUUCAACAAAGCUAAAAAAUAUUAACUUUGUUUUUGAAUGUUUUGUUUCUCAUGUCGUAGACAAACAAUAAAUAGUUCAUGUUAUUAUAGGAAUCAAUA